ACUCAUAUGUACAUCUACAAUAACCACAGAAAUUCUAAGAUUAUUUACUGCGAGCGAUCGAAGCGAGGAGACAAAGUGCUUGCAUGGAAUAUUCUAAAGAGCCGAAAGAAAAAAGGAUUGUGGAACGAAAAUCUUGGGAAACUGCAUUUUCAAUUAUAAAGGAUUAAAGACGAAAGAGUGUUAAGCUUAAGCAGUUUACUAUGCAAUCGAAAUCAUGGUAUGCGCUUUAUCUAGCGCUGCUCAGUCUGCUGCUGGGAUUGGGAGACUGUCGUGGCGCCAAUAUUCUCGUGCUCUUUCCACAUGCAAGCGAAAGUCAUUUUGCUGUGAUGCGCACCCUGGUGGCCGAGCUGGCAAGCAGGGAGCAUAAUUUAACUGUUUACAGCGGUCAUGGCCUGAAUGAUAACUUGGAGCGAGUCGUGGAGCAUGUUGUAAGGCCAGAAUUUGACUUUUGGAGCAACUUGCAAGAGCAAGCAGCACCAGGUGGCAGCCUUGAAGAUUUGGCCCUCUUGUCCGAGAGCAAACUGCGCAGUUCCUUGGCUUCGGUUGGAGCUCGAGCAGUGGAACACUUUUUGGUGCAGGCUCCGGUGCAGAAGCUGCUGGAGCUGUCCACUGCGGAAUUCGAUUACGAUCUAAUCAUUGUUGACUAUUUCUAUACAGAGGCGCUGCUCGCAUUGGGCUAUAAGCAUAAUAAACCCACAAUUGGCGUAAUAAGCACGGAUUUUGGCAACUAUAUGAAUGCGGUGCAAGAGGCUUUGCUGCCCGUUGCCUGUUCGCCCAUAGAUUACGAGGCGUAUACCAAGGAUUUGGGUUUCUCGGCACGCUUGAGCAAUAUACGCGAGUGUAUGGCGAGACGUAAACAAUUUUACAAUGAACAUUACACGGCACAGGAACAAAUAAUACGAAAAUUCUUUAAAAUUGCUGUUAACAUACCAGAACUUCAGGCACAUCAUUUGGCACUUUUACUGCUUAACAAUCAUGUGCCGCUCUGGACGCCACGUCCGUUGCUCCCACAAAUUGUGCCAGCUGGUGGGCUGCAUAUACGCGGUCCUCGCGAAUUGAUGUGGAACGUCAAACGAUUUGUGGAAGAGUCUAAAAACGGAGUCAUCUACAUACAGUUGGGCAACGAGCAGCCCUGCGGUCAACUGCCCCAGGCGAAGCUACAAAUACUCUUUGAUUUUAUGAGUGCUCGGAAGGAGCGUUUCAUAUGGACCUGCCACGAUGUAAAGACCCUGCCGGGCCUGCCCAAAAAUGUGCUCAUUCAGCACUCUGUGCCACAGAUUGACAUCCUAGCACAUCCCCACGUGCGCGCUUUCAUCAUGAAUGGGGAUCUGUUGAGUCUGCAGGAGGGCAUUACGCGUCAUGUGCCGAUGCUGGGUUUGCCUAAUUUCCGGAAUGAACGCAAAAAUAUACAACUUGCUGUGGAUCUGGGCGUUGCGCUGCAACUGGAGCCAAGCAACUUUACGACAGUCGCACUCAACUGGGCUCUGGAUGAGUUGACAAAGCAACAGCAUUUUCAGAUUUCCAUUCGCGAGGUUUCCAGCGAAUUCCGAGAUAGGCCUUUGGGCGCCUUGGCCAAUGCCUUGUUCUGGGUCAAUUAUGUGGUACGGCACAAGGGCGGCGCUGCAAUCAGGACACGUGGCAUUGAUAUUGCCUCUAAUCAUUUGCACCUUUUCGAUUUGUUUGUAUUUUAUUUCGGUGUGGCCAUUGCUGUGUGUGCCGUAUUGAUAGCCAUCUACUUUGGAGUCUUUUAUGCCAUGCAAAGAAAACUUAAUGAUGCCAAAUUAGCAAAACUAAGUUAA